CCAACCCCGCCCUCCCGCGGGCUCGCUCGCCCACACUCCCCGCCGCUGCCCGUCCCCUUUUCACGCCUGGGACGCGCAGCCCAGCCCGGCAAGCUCUGGGUCUCCGCCGCCGCCCUCUCUGUCGGGUCACAACCAGAGCAUGGAAGCCGGGGAGCCCCGCGGGCCCGGGCCGGGGGCAGAGACCGCCGCGGCCCCGCGCUGGGAGGAAGCCAAGGCUUUCUCCGACGAACUCGCUCCCAAGAAGAAACCCAAAUCGCCCAAGCCUCAGAAUGCAGUCACCAUUGCUGUGUCCUCCCGAGCCUUGUUCCGCAUGGACGAGGAGCAGCGGAUCUACACGGAGCAGGGCGUGGAGGAGUACGUGCGCUACCAGCUGGAGCACGAGAACGAGCCAUUCAGCCCGGGGCCGGCCUUCCCCUUUGUGAAGGCUCUGGAGGCUGUGAACAGGCGGCUUCGGGAGCUGUACCCAGACAGCGAGGACAUCUUCGACAUCGUCCUCGUGACCAACAACCAUGCCCAAGUGGGUGUCCGUCUCAUCAAUAGCAUCAACCACUACGACCUGUUCAUCGAGAGGUUCUGCAUGACGGGCGGGAAUAGCCCCAUCUGCUACCUCAAGGCCUAUCACACCAACCUCUACUUGUCAGCCGAUGCGGAAAAAGUUCGGGAAGCCAUUGAUGAAGGGAUCGCAGCUGCCACCAUCUUCAGCCCCAGCAGGGACGUGGCUGUUUCCCAGAGUCAGCUGCGCGUGGCCUUCGACGGGGACGCGGUGCUCUUCUCAGACGAGUCGGAGCGCAUCGUCAAGGCCCACGGGCUGGACAGGUUCUUCGAGCACGAGAAGGCCCAUGAGAACAAGCCCUUGGCCCAGGGACCUUUAAAGGGCUUUCUGGAGGCUCUGGGUAGGCUGCAGAAGAAGUUCUACUCCAAGGGCCUGCGGCUGGAGUGCCCAAUCCGCACCUACUUGGUGACGGCACGCAGCGCAGCCAGUUCUGGGGCCCGGGCUCUCAAGACCCUGCGCAGCUGGGGCCUGGAGACAGAUGAAGCCCUGUUCCUUGCAGGAGCGCCCAAGGGCCCCCUGCUCGAGAAGAUCCGCCCACACAUCUUCUUUGAUGACCAGAUGUUCCAUGUGGCUGGGGCUCAGGAGAUGGGCACAGUGGCUGCCCACGUGCCUUACGGUGUGGCACAGACACCCCGGCGGACUGCACCUGUGAAGCAGACCCCAGCUGCACAGUAGCCGAGCUGCCAGCCUCACUGACCCUCAGUGCUCCAGGCACAGCUCCCUGUCAUACCUCGACAUGUCAUCCAGCAGACCGACUUCUAGUCCCUUACCUUGCUGCAUGUCUGCCCUCAUCCCUCUGAGUGAGGUACUAGUAGGCAAUCAUGCAGACUGGGCCGGCAUCCUCACCAGCUCUUGUUCUGGGCCAGCUCUGGGCCACAAUGCUGGCUAGGAAAGUAAGACUGUGGCUGGACUUCAGGGGGAAGUGGAUGGCACUGGGUGUGCGUGGGAGGGUCGGAGGAGCCAGGAUGCCUGCAAAGGGCUCUGGGGUGGAAUCCAGCCCCAUGUAGCGAGAAGAGCACCUCGCCGAGAGAGAGGGGAUCUGGCCUCUGCGCUCUGUCCUGGCAUUAACUGCAUGACUUUGACCAAGUCCCUCCCCUUCAUGGGCCUCAGUUUCCCCAUCUUUUAGGUAGUUUUCAAACUCUCCUUUAGCUGAAGAAGCUUGGUUUUGUAAGAUUGUCCUCUUUGAAGGAAGCAUUCUGUGCCAGGGCUGCUGCUGGUCUACACAGCACCUUUGUGCGGAUUACACAAAGACGCUGUCUCUAGGGUGAAUUAUGCAGAGAAGGCCCUUCCUCUGGGCUGGCUGUAUCCACGCUGGGCACACAGCUUGCCCAGCAGGCUAUGAGUGGGAUGUCAGCCCCCACUGGCUCGUCAGCCCAGAGGCCUUUGUCAACUGGGCAAAAUGCACAACCAUCCACAGCAUCCCUACCAAUAAUUUUAUACGUUUGAAAACUACUGGACAAGAUGACCCAUUUGCUUCCUGUGAUCCUCUAAUCUGUCUCAUCAGGGGUCAGCUGCGGCCAGGUAGGGGGUGUCUGAAAGGAAUGAGGGAGUGGAUUAAGCCUGCAUGCAAACUCCGGUCCAGCCAGCAGGGGGCACUGCAGGCACUUCCAGGGGAACAGCUUUAGUGGCAGCCUGCUCAGUGCUUCCAUUGCUUUUGCUUGUAGCCAAAGUUCAGUUCCUGCCUGCCAAGCCUCUCACCUCAACCCUCACUCCCUCAAUUAUUGCAUCCUGCUGUGUCACUGAGCAGCCCUGCCAGUGAGGGGAAAAGUGGAGUAUUGGGGUUUACUGUUGUGGGCCCAGGGGGCGAGAGCUCAGUGGCUGAAGUAGGAGGUUGUCCAGGCUGAGCCUGGGGGAAGGAAGGCCUGUCUGGGAUGAUGUGGGGUGUGUGGGAGGUCUGGUCUGUGGCCGUGGCCAGUUAGAGAGGAAAGGAGCUGAAAUGUGCACUAGAAGCUUCUACAGCUAUGAAAUUGUGAGUGGAAGUAAUGAGCUCUCCAUCACUGGGAUGUGUGCAAGGGACAUCCUUGGAGGGACACCCAUGAAUCCUGCACCCUUGCAGGAGUGCCUGCAGCCUCUUUGUCACCACUUCCAGGGUAGAAUUCUCACUGCUUGAUGAAUCAGCCUCCUCCUUUGCUGACCAGCCCGGUUCUCUCUGGAGGGAUGGUGGGCACCAUUGGCUGGUCCCUUGGGAAGACCUAGGGGUGUGAACAGACAUCUGGGAGCAAGGGGCAGGGGCUGAUUGCCCAGUUCCUGGGGGACUCCUAGCUGUGAUCAAGAGUUUUGUGAAAAAAGCCAAAGGUACUGUCAAAGUGGGCAGGAGCCUGGAGGUGUGUGCAGGAGAGCUGGAAUGCUUGUGGGGGCAGGAAAGGGGGUGUAAAAGGCCAUCCAGAGCCUGACCUUUGUCCUUUUGAGGACGCAACCCAGGGUCUGAAUGGGCACAGGUUCCAGGCAGUGCAGGUAGGGCAGUUGUUGCAGAAGGAUCAUCCAGGAAAAAGAAAAAAGUGAGAACACAAAGGUGGUUCUCGAAAUGAGCAACAGUUCGGCCAAAACGGAAGUGCUUGGCUGGGCUUUUACCAUCAGUGCCUAGAGGCAGGUGCUGGGGUGGAAGGGCAAGGCGGUGUGGAGUGCCGGGGCAGAUGCCCAGCACUGACUGCCGUAUCGGGGAAGGGCGGGUGAUGAGGAUGUCUCUGCACAAGGUCCUUUUCAUCCACAGCCACAAUCUUUUUGGGCAGCAGAGGAGGCUUUCAAGGCAGAGGGCCUAGUUUUGAGCUCCUUCCUCUUCUCGUGUUCCAAGCCAACCAGAGAUAGUAUGAGACCUAAAGGGAAAUGAGAAGGAAGUCAGAGAGCUCAACCCAAGUCAC